UACAGCCCCCAUCAGCUUCCCCGGGAGACUGUCUGAUUUGUCGCACGCGCGCGCACGAGCCAUGCUCAGGAGGCAGCUCGUCUGGUGGCACCUGCUGGCUUUGCUUUUCCUCCCAUUUUGCCUGUGUCAAGAUGAAUACAUGGAGGUGAGCAGAAGAGCUAAUAAGGCGGUGGCCAGGAUAGUGCAGAGCCACCAGCAGACUGGCCGUAGCGGCUCCAGGAGGGAGAAAGUGAGAGAGCAGAGCCAAGCUAAAACUGGGACUGUGGAUAAUAACACUUCUACAGACCUAAAAUCCCUGAGACCAGAUGAGCUUCCGCACCCUGAGGUAGAGGACCUAGCCCAGAUCAACCCAUUCUGGGGCCAGUCUCCACAAGCCGGAGGGCUGCCUCCAGACUGCAGCAAGUGUUGUCAUGGUGAUUAUGGAUUUCGUGGUUACCAAGGGCCCCCUGGACCCCCAGGUCCUCCUGGCAUUCCAGGAAACCAUGGAAACAAUGGGAACAAUGGAGCCACUGGCCAUGAAGGGGCCAAAGGUGAGAAAGGAGACAAAGGCGACCUGGGGCCUCGAGGGGAACGGGGGCAGCAUGGCCCCAAAGGAGAGAAGGGCUACCCAGGAGUGCCACCAGAACUGCAGAUUGCGUUCAUGGCUUCGCUAGCGACUCACUUCAGCAAUCAGAACAGCGGCAUUAUCUUCAGCAGCGUGGAGACCAACAUUGGAAACUUCUUCGACGUCAUGACUGGGAGGUUUGGGGCCCCCGUAUCAGGUGUGUAUUUCUUCACCUUCAGCAUGAUGAAGCAUGAGGACGUAGAGGAAGUGUAUGUGUACCUUAUGCACAACGGCAACACAGUCUUCAGCAUGUACAGCUAUGAAACAAAGGGAAAAUCAGAUACAUCCAGCAACCAUGCAGUGCUGAAGUUGGCCAAAGGAGACGAAGUCUGGCUAAGAAUGGGCAACGGUGCCCUCCAUGGGGACCACCAGCGCUUCUCUACCUUUGCAGGCUUUCUGCUCUUUGAAACUAAGUGACGAGGAAGACAGGAUAGCUCUGCUUUGAGGGCAAUUUGUAGCUGAGCUAGGGUUGCUAGCAUCUGAGGGAUGUUGAAGUUGGGAGUUCUAUAUGGAGCAUUUAACUGUUGCAUUGGUCACACUGCUACUCAUUCUAAUGGCCUGCCAACAAUGUUGGAUGCUUCAGGGGCUAAGAAGAAUAGACCACAAGGUAAUCUUGCCAGAUGACCUUGGGAAAUACUCAGCAUCUUUGUCACUCUUCUCUGACGUGUCUAAAGGGAUCGCCACCUGAUACAGGUUGGAAAUAAGCGUUCACCUCAAAGAAUGCAUUUGCAAAGAGUUCUGUUGUUCUGUUUAAAUGUAGAAUUAGCUUUGGAGUCAAGCAAGUUUUGAUCUCAUUGUUCUUCAUAAUAUUCUAGACACUAGUCUGAUUGUGAUGGGGCCAGGGCAAGACAUAAGAGCGCUUACCACAAUCUACAUAGGAGAAACACUUCUGAAGUUUAGACUGGAAAAUAGUAUUUGGUUUAGUGGGUUUUAUUCAUAUAUUCAUUAAUAAAAUACAUUUAGUCAUUCCAGAUAACCUUUAAAUAGUACAAUUAUUCCAAUUCUCACAAAUAAUUGGUUCCUCUUUAAAAAAAAAUCAAACAAAAACCCCAUGUAGAUAAUAUUGAGUUCUACUGGGUUAGACUUUCAGAUACAAAAUUUUCUCACACCUGGCUUGCCACAUCUUCUCUUUGCCAUUGCAUUACUGGGGCUGUGGUAGAGCUCUCUUGACUCUGCAUAACCAGCUAAGGUAAGAUUAAGUUGAUAUAGUUCAGAUGUUAUCACAUUUUUUUAAAAAAAUUUGGAUAUUAUCCCCAAUUUUUUAAUAUACACCAUGUUAUGUUGAAUGGGCUGUAAACUUAAACACAGAAAGACAAAUGGACACAAAA